AAGAGUUGCAGGUUUCUCAAAUAUUUAUUCCCUCCCCCCGAUGAAUGGAAUCGUCUAACGAGUUCACUGCAGAAUAAAAUCGCGGCUAACACGAAACAUCCACAUGCCCGCCUUGAACAAGCGCACACCAGCUGAUCGCGCCUUGGGAACAAAGUACGUGUAUAUAGAGUACCGGUCUUCACUUCUGGUACCAGUAUAGUCGGUGGAGUUCUGGAAAAGGCUGGACAUUUUGAUCCGAACCAAAGAUGACGCUCAUGAUCGAGACAAAUCUUUGUCAAGAAUUCACAAAGGAUGAGAAGAAUGGCUCAUUCAUUGAUACCCCUGGUCCUAUGAAUGGAGACGUCGAAGCCCCUUCCCAGGACACGCAGGUGGAGGAGAAAGAACAGCCGGAGGUGGAUGACGACCCCUGGACAGCCACCAUACCGGAGUUGCGGGAGGAGGAGAAAUGGGCAUCCCUGUCCAGUUCUGGACGCUCUCGCUUCGUUCUCUUCACCAUCUUCAAGCUGGUGGUCCUCUUGGGAUUCCUCUACAUGUUCAUCUGCUCCCUGGAUUUCCUCAGCUCGGCCUUCCGUCUCUUAGGAGGUAUCGCAGCCGGGGAGGUCCUCAACGACCAUUUCCUGCUCAGUAAUCCCGUCUGUGGGCUCAUGAUCGGGGUGCUGGUCACCGUGUUGGUGCAGAGUUCCAGCACAUCCACGUCUAUCGUUGUGGCCAUGGUGUCUGCAUCCAUCAUCGGGGUACGGCAGGCCAUCCCCGUGGUGAUGGGCGCCAACAUUGGUACCUCGGUCACCAACACCAUCGUGGCCCUGGGCCAGGCCAAAGAGCGCAACGAAUUCCGGCGAGCUUUCGGCGGCGCCACGGUGCACGACAUGUUCAACUGGCUGACGGUGGCGAUCUUCCUGCCCAUCGAGGUGGCUUCGCACUACCUGGAGGUGCUGACUAACGCCAUCUUGGGAGGCUUGGACCUGCAGGAACAGGACGUGGAGGUGGAGAUUCUAAAGGCUGUGACGGGGCCAUUCACUAAGCUCAUCGUCCAGAUUGACAAAAAGGUCAUUACAAAGAUUGCCCAGAAUGCCAUCAACAUAAGCGACGCUCGACUUCUCAAAGUCUGUGAUCCUGAGGACACAGAAUGCUCCUACAAUCACUUGUUUGCCCACACUACCAUGACCGAUACCGAGGUGGGACUCAUCAUGUUAGCCGUCUCCAUCAUCAUCCUCUUUGCCUGUCUCUUUGCCAUCGUCAAGCUUCUCCACUCCAUGCUGAAAGGCAGUAUCGCUCUCCUCAUCAAGAAGUUCAUCAAUGCCGAUUUCCCCGGGUACCUGUCUUUCUUGACCGGCUAUGUGGCUAUCGUCAUCGGUGCGGUCUUGACGUUCGUCGUGCAGAGCAGCUCCAUCUUCACCUCGGCCAUCACGCCUCUGGUCGGUAUUGGCGUCAUCACCUUGGACCGCAUGUACCCCUUGACCCUGGGAGCCAAUAUCGGCACCACAGCCACCGGUGUCAUCGCUGCCCUGGCCUCGUCUGGUGGCUCGCUGCGUAACGCCCUCCAAAUCGCACUCUGCCACCUCUUCUUCAACAUCUCCGGCAUCAUUAUCUGGUAUCCGAUCCCCUUCAUGAGGAAGGUGCCCAUUAGUCUGGCCAAGAUUCUGGGGAACACGACUGCCGACUACAGGUGGUUCGCCAUCCUGUACCUCAUCAUUGUUUUCUUUGUGAUUCCAGCUAUCGUUCUUGGCCUGUCCCUGGCAGGUUUUGUUGCCCUCCUGGCUGUAGGCAUCCCAAUCCUUGUCUUCAUCAUCGUGAUUGUAGUCAUCAACAUCCUCCAGCGUAAAUUCCCCCGCAUACUUCCAAAAGUCCUCCGGAAUUGGGACUUUCUUCCUCUUCCGCUGCACUCCCUGGAUCCUCUCGAUCGUUUGCUCAGCUGUGCUUGCAUCAAGAGGCGCUUAGUCAAGAGAAGAAAUGGGGAAGAUUCGGCCCUACCUACCAAUGAACGUUGCAAGGAGGCUGGAACUGACAAUCCGGCUUUUGAUGCGGUAUAAAUUGAUAAAAUAACUUUAUAUGCGACACCUAAACAAGUCGGAAAUUCUUUUAGAGAUGGGCUAGAAGGUAAUUGGCCUUAAAAGCUCACCGCUUUUAUAGUUGAGCUCGAGAAAAGACGGAAAAAGCUACAGCAUAGAGAACUUUUAGAUCUUUCCGACACGUCUUUCCUCAUCUUGUUUCUACACACUUGAUUGGUAUUAUCUGUGAAAGUUCAGCAUAUUAAAAAAAUGUACGGUUGAAUUAUGUGAAGACUUUUUUGCCAAACAUAUUUUUAAUAUCACAAUGAUUUCAUGCGUCAGCCAUUUAACUUCAUCACUUUUUUGUUGUUUUACUCAGUUAACUGAAACAAAGCAAUGAUAGCUGUCAUUGAUUUCGACAGUUUAAGGGGAAAAGGUGUAUUUACAAGUAAGGACAGUGCUUGAUGAACAUUUUAAGUUGUAUAAUUCAAAACAGAAAUGAUUUCUAAAGGAAAUCAUUUUUUAAACCAAAAUAUUUAACCGAGGUCGGUUUUAUUCAAUUUUGUAUUUUGUAAUAUAGGCCUAUACAUGUACAUGUAUCAUGGUAUUUUAUGAUUUUUUUUAACAUAAGAGGCGCACUGCCAGUAAGACUAACUUGUAUGUGUUUAUAUUCGUCACGAUAAUAAAGGGUAGAUGUUGUGUUGAUGGUAGAUAUUAUUUGAAAUAUUGUAUGGCGCAUUAUACUCGGUCGACUCUCCUUAAUACAAACACUGUUUAAUAUUACAAAUUUUGGUUAUAGCGAACAUAAAACCUUCUUCCCGACUGUGCAUUUAUGUGCACAACGAAUGGGACCAGCACUCCACUUAAUACAAAAUUCUGAUAUAACGAACAUUUCUGCUAGGUCCAGCUGAGUUCGUAUUAACGAGAGCCGACUGCAUACUGCAUAAUGCAUAAUGCACAUGUACAUUUAUUUAAAACCAUUAUGUUACCAGGCGCGUGAUGUUACACUAAUUGUCGGUGCAGGCCGCCACCUAAGGCAUAUUAAAAAAAACUGUUUUGAUUUGGCGACCGUUGGAGUAAACAUUUUAUCCUUUGUGAGCGCAUUAUUUUGUGUGAGAAAAUGUCGGUGAGGUUUUAACCAAACAGAUUUUCAAAUCUUUCAGCAUCCAACUGUUUUGUAAUCUCGAUCAUUUGUAUUGUCUUUUUAUAUAUAUAUGUAAAUGUUUUUAAUGUAAAAUUAAUUAAAAUGUCUUUAUUAAAAAUCCUUAUAUAAAUGGU